AGCAGCAGCAGCUCGCAAACCCCAAACGCAGCAGCUGCAGCAAACCAGGACAGCGAACAUUUCUGAUCAUGUACAGCGCUUAUGUUAUUGUCAGUGGGAGGAGAGCACAUGUCUUGUAAGUGAAAUUACGCUCGGCGAAAGGAGGCAAGAGCUGUUUUGUAUUGUUGCCGAUGCCCCGCCUCUGAUGGUAGCCUUAAACCUGGCACCCAGCUAAAACAAACCAAAGCCAGCACCGAGCUCCCACUCAAUCCAAUUAAGGCGGACUUGAGGCGCUCUCCUACGUGUUCAUCUACCAGGAUCGACGUUGAGACAACAGGAACCAGAGGGGCUUUGGCCAAAAAAAAAAAAGAGAGAAGGAGAGAUUGCCUUGCCUUCUAAUUUCUCCCUCUCCAGCCCCAGAACAAUGUCGAUGAGCCCUAAGCAUACGACUCCUUUUUCUGUUUCCGAUAUCUUGAGUCCCCUUGAGGAGAGCUAUAAGAAAGUAAGUAUGGAGAAUAACAACUUGGGGGCACCUCUCACUUCUUACCGGCAGCCGCAGGUCUCUCAGGCGGCGAUGCAGCAGCACCACAUGGGCCAUAAUGGGACUGUGUCUGCGGCUUACCACAUGACUGCGGCAGGUGUUUCCCAGCUGUCACACUCGGCCAUGGGGGGCUACUGUAACGGCAACCUGGGCAACAUGGGCGACCUGCCUUCGUACCAGGAUGGCAUGAGGGGCAGCACCACGGCCACCGGCUGGUAUGGAGCCAACCCUGACCCUCGCUUUUCCACCAUUUCUCGCUUCAUGGGCUCCUCGUCGGGCAUGAACAUGGGCAGCAUGGGCAGCCUCAGCUCGCUGGCUGAUGUGGGUAAAGGCAUGGGCUCCCUGUCCAGCACCCCGAGGAGAAAGAGACGCGUCUUGUUCUCCCAGGCGCAAGUUUACGAGCUGGAGCGGCGCUUCAAGCAGCAGAAGUACCUGUCAGCGCCGGAGAGGGAACACCUGGCAAGUAUGAUCCACCUCACACCGACCCAGGUGAAAAUCUGGUUUCAGAACCACCGGUACAAGAUGAAGAGGCAGGCUAAGGACAAAGUGUCCCAGCAGCAGAUGCAGCAGGAUGGCGGCUCCUGCCAGCAGCAGCAGUCCCCGCGCAGGGUGGCCGUGCCGGUGCUGGUGAAGGACGGGAAGCCGUGCCAGGGCAGCGGCCACACACCCACAUCCUCCGCACAGACCCUGCACCAGCAAGGGGGCAAUAAUGUCAUGAUCAUGUCCAACAACUCAUCCGGUCUGGGGCAGCACCAGAGCCAGCAGGUGGGCAGCACAGGUCACUCACCGGACCUGGCACCGCACUCCUCCAGCCCGCCGUCCCUGCAGAGCCAGGUGGCCGGCCUCUCCCACCUCAACUCCCCCGGUGCAGAGUACGGCUCGGCCCUGCAGUGCUCGGCCCUGUUGUAUGGCAGGACGUGGUGACAAGAGGCGCAGACUCUCAUUUAAAACCUUAAAGAAAAAGUACAUUUCUUUCCUUUUAAGACACGGCGAGUUUCACUGUAAAUGUGCGGGCCUGAACAAGAACAAAGUCUUGAAUUUUCUCCCCUUUGGAAGAAUGUGACUUAUAAUGGAAGAAAGAAGGGGAAAAACAUUUCUGACCAGAAACUGCGGAAGUCUUGGGAUUUAUUUAUGUAAAUUAUAUUGAGACAAAAGAAGUGAUAUAGGCCGCAGUAUUUGGGGGGUGAAGUGAACCUGAACAGUGACACUGCUGCUAACCCCCCACAAACACACAAGACUCUGAUUUAUAAUAGAAUUUAAUGUAAGCCGUAGAUCUAGCUUGUAUAUUUCUGUAAAAGGUUUGAAUUUUAGGUAUUUGUUGUACAAAGUUUUUGACGCUAUUGCCGGUUUGUUGUCGUUUCAUUGGUAUUUGUACGUUUUAUUUCUUUGUAACUUAUAUAGAUAUUUGACUUACUACA